AUGCAGGCAUCGUUUCUUCAGAGGCACAUUCAUGCCACCUUGGGUAGCGGCAAUUUGAGGGAAGCUGUCAAACUCCCGCCUGGAGAAGAUGUCGAUGAGUGGUUGGCAGUAAAUACUGUCGACUUUUUCAAUCAAGUGAACAUUCUGUAUGCUACUCUCACUGAGUUCUGCACACCAUCAACUUGUCCGAUUAUGUCGGCUGGUCCAAGGUACGAGUACAGGUGGGCUGACGGAAUCACCAUAAAGAAACCGAUAGUGGUUUCUGCUCCAAAAUACGUUGACUAUUUAAUGGACUGGGUCGAAGCUCAGCUCGACGACGAGUCCGUUUUUCCCCAGAAGUUUGGAGUGCCGUUUCCACCGAAUUUUCAGGAAGUGGUGAAAACGAUAAUGAAGAGGCUGUUUCGAGUGUACGGUCAUAUAUACCAUUCGCACUUUCAGAAGAUUGUGAGUCUGCAAGAAGAAGCUCAUCUCAACACUUGCUUUAAGCAUUUUGUUCUCUUUACUUUGGAAUUUGGGUUGAUUGAGAAGGGAGAGCUUGCGCCUCUUGAUGACAUCAUCGAAUCUAUCUUGCAAGCCUGA